UCAAUUGUAGGAGCUGCUGCAGGCAGACAGUAGCCACAAACUCAUAACUUUGAUCAAAUCUAAACAAUCAGCUGCCGCAGUAAAACUACAUGCGAGGAUAUUUCUGUUACUAAUCUCAGCCCUCUAAUUCUCUGACCCUCUCUGACACGGAAAAUACCUUGCCAACAUGCUGACCCGGCUUUUUCGCAUCCAUGGGCUAUUUGUGGCCUCACACCCAUGGGAAGUUAUCGUUGCAACUGUUACCCUAACAAUCUGCAUGAUGUCCAUGAACAUGUUCACUGGUAACAACCAGAUCUGUGGGUGGAACUAUGACUGUCCAAAAUCAGAAGAGCAAGUUUUAAGCAGUGAUAUCAUUAUCCUGACCAUCACAAGAUGUAUAGCGAUCGUCUACAUUUACUUUCAAUUCCAAAAUCUACGGCAGCUUGGAUCAAAAUACAUACUAGGUAUUGCUGGUCUUUUCACAAUUUUCUCCAGCUUUGUGUUCAGCACAGUUGUGAUUCAUUUCCUGGAUAAAGAGCUAACUGGUCUCAAUGAAGCAUUGCCAUUCUUUCUACUGCUGAUUGACCUCUCCAAAGCUUGCGCCCUUGCCAAGUUUGCUUUGAGUUCAAACUCACAGGAUGAGGUGAGGGAAAACAUUGCCCGUGGAAUGGCUAUCUUAGGACCCACUUUUACUCUUGAUGUCCUUGUGGAGUGCCUUGUGAUUGGGGUUGGCACAAUGUCAGGUGUACGUCAACUCGAGAUCAUGUGUUGCUUUGGCUGCAUGUCUGUUCUGGCCAAUUAUUUUGUCUUCAUGACCUUCUUCCCAGCCUGUGUGUCACUGGUGCUUGAGUUGUCCAGGGAGAGCCGUGAGGGACAUCCUAUCUGGCAGCUGAGUCAUUUUGCUCGGGUUUUGGAGGAAGAGGAGGACAACAAGCCCAACCCAGUAACACAGAGAGUCAAAAUCAUUAUGUCUCUCGGCCUGGUCAUGGUUCAUGCUCACAGUCGGUGGAUUGCUGAUCCUGCCUCUCUCAAUGGAACCUUGGACAUGCCCCAAAUGGGACUAAGUCUAAACUCACACACACCUAAGAGGAUCGAUCCUGAUAUGCCCCUUUGGCAGUUCUACCUGUCUAGGAUGAUCACCAUGGAUAUUGAGCAGGUGAUUACUCUCGGUUUGGCCCUCUUCCUGGCCGUCAAGUACAUCUUUUUCGAGCAGGCGGAGGCAGAAUCUACCUUGUCUCUGAAAGUUCCCAUGUCAGGAACAGUGCAGACACAGAAGUGGACUCCUGAUCAGUGCUGCAGGAAAGAGACCACCCCAUGCUCCAGCACCACAGAGAGCACCCCUCCACCUCCAGCUGUCACCAGUGAAGAGAGAGCGUCAGUGAUCCGACCCUUGCCCGCUGCAGCUGAGCCAGGACCCAAGAGCAUGUUUGUGUUGGGAGGAGAGGAAACGCCUGAGGCACCAGCGGUGGUGGAGGCUGAGCUUAGCUUGCCCUCUGAGCCCAGGCCUGUGGAGGAGUGUCUGUCCAUCCUGAAAAACCCAGAGAUGGGGGCCCGGUACCUGAGUGAUGCUGAGGUGAUUGUGUUGGUGAACUCUAAGCACAUCCCUGGAUACAAACUAGAAGCCAUGAUGGAGACCCCGGAGCGAGGGGUGGCAAUUCGGCGAAAGAUGCUCUCCCCAAAACUGCCUAGCCAUUCAGCCCUUACAUGCCUGCCCUACAAAGACUACGACUACUCAAAGGUGAUGGGCACUUGCUGUGAGAACGUCAUCGGUUACAUGCCUGUUCCAGUUGGUGUCGCCGGGCCUUUGUUAUUGGACGGAAAACAGUUUCAGGUUCCCAUGGCAACAACAGAGGGAUGUCUGGUUGCCAGUACCAACAGAGGCUGCAGAGCUAUUGCUUUAGGGGGUGGUGCCAACAGUCGGGUUCUGGCGGAUGCAAUGACUCGGGGCCCAGUUGUGCGUCUGAACUCCGCCUGUCAGGCUGCAGAGGUUAAAGCUUGGCUUGAGAGUCCAGAGGGAUUCAAGAGCAUAAAGGAGUCCUUCGACCAGACCAGCAGGUUUGCUCGUUUGGAGAAGCUCUUGAUUGGCCUUGCAGGACGUAACCUCUACAUUCGCUUCCAGUCAAGAACAGGAGAUGCUAUGGGCAUGAACAUGAUCUCUAAGGGUACAGAGCAAGCUCUCGCAAGGUUAAAAGAGGAGUUUCCAGAGCUUCAGGUGUUGGCAGUGAGUGGCAAUUACUGCACUGACAAGAAGCCAGCUGCCAUCAACUGGAUCGAGGGUAGAGGCAAGUCUGUGGUGUGUGAGGCUACCAUACCAGCCAAAGUAGUCAAGGAGGUCCUGAAAACAACUACAGAGGCCCUGGUUGAUGUGAACAUUAACAAGAACCUGGUGGGCUCUGCUAUGGCAGGCAGCAUCGGGGGUUACAAUGCUCAUGCCGCCAAUAUUGUGGCGGCUAUCUACAUUGCCUGUGGACAGGACCCAGCUCAGACAGUCGGCAGCUCAAACUGCAUCACCCUGAUGGAGGCAUCAGGUGUUACAGGGGAGGACUUGUACAUCAGCUGUACCAUGCCCUCCAUCGAGCUGGGCACUGUAGGUGGUGGUACCAACCUGGCAGCCCAGCAAGCUUGUCUGCAGAUGCUGGGUGUACAGGGUGCCAGUUUGGACUGCCCAGGGGAGAACGCACGGCAGCUUGCCAGGGUGGUGUGUGCCACGGUGCUGGCAGGGGAACUUUCACUGAUGUCCGCGCUGGCCGCUGGACACCUGGUCAAAAGUCACAUGACUCACAACAGAUCAAAGGUAAAUUUGCAAGAAGCCCCGGGAACCUGCACAAAGAAAGCAUCUUGAGAAUGACUGGGGACAUUCAGGGGUUCCUAAUACCUAAAUUAGGAGAAGUUGGAAAAACAGAGGAAUUCAACCUCAACUUCGCAUUACAUUUCAAUAGUCUUCGCAAAGUGGAGACACAUCAACACAAGGACAGGACCUCUUUCAAGAAUAUUUAAGGAAUUACAAGUGAACUGUGGAGGUCUUCAUGGACCAACUGUUGGAAUUAUAUUUGUUGGAACCGGACCGUAUUUUAACAGGGCCUUGUUCUCACUUGAUACCAAGUGUGACUCAAAUUAAAAUGCAGCCAACAACUGUGUUUUUUCCCCUUGAUUUCUCUUUAUUUAAUGAGUAUAUUUUUGAUUGCAUGUUAAUUUUCUGACAAGCAAGGUAGGCAAUCAAAACAACACUGCUGUGCACUUACUCAGAAAAGUGUUGGUAGUACCACGCACGGAGGAGUUGGAAAAACUAUGAUCCUGAAGUUGGUAUGAAGCAACAAGGUGUUAGCUGAGCAGUUGUCAGGUAUUAAAGAGGUAGAAUCACUGUCUAAUUGCCAAAUGCAGCCUUCUGCACUUAUUUCCAUUAUGUUCCUCUGAAUGUUUAUUUGUUCUUUAUGGAACUUGAAUGAUAGUAAUAUAUUCUAUAUGUUUCUGAUAGUACAGCACAACUGUCUCAUGGAGGUACUUUGAAAAACUGACACAGUUCUUUUGUACCAUGCAGUUUCUGCUUUAUGCUAAUACACAGGUUAUGGAAAGUAACCACAGACAUGCAGAGACCACAUUCUCAUUGACUGAGUAUGUGUGUAAUACUUGAUGGACAUGGUGAGCAUUGAACAUCGUGACCAAUGAGAGAUGCAUUCAUAUAUAUUAUUCUCUCCAAAUACAGUGGAAAGAGAGUUCUCUUUUUUCAAAUCUCCACUGAUUUGGUCAAAUGUGUUGGACAAAAAUGGCACAUACAGCCUUUUAAAUGAAAACGAAAGGAUUUGUAUAUUUUUUGUAAUAAAAAUAAAGGGAAUUUGCAAUUAAUUCA